AUGGCAUCUUCUUCAAUACCACCAUUGGAAGUAGAAAGGGAAAGCACAGCAACUGAGCCAAAUUGGCUUGAACUACCCAGAGAUUUGACAAUAAAUAUUCUCCAGAGGCUUGAUACUAUUGAAAUAGUCACAAGUGUAUGUCAAGUGUGUCCUUUAUGGUGGAAUAUUUGCAAGGAUCCUCACAUGUGGCACACUAUUUCUAUGAUCCUGUGUUCACACUAUGACUAUUGGCAAUGGUUACGCAUGGAUUUGGCGACGAUUUGUCGCUAUUCAGUUGAGCGAAGUUGUGGUCAACUAGAAGGCAUUGAUAUUGACUUCUCUUUAACUGAUGAUCUCUUUAAAUACAUAUCUGAUUGUGCAAGUCACCUACGUCGCAUCCGGGUUGUAACUUUUGAUGCUGCUGAUAGCCUUUCAGAAAAAGGAUUUAUUGAAGGCAUAAAAAAACUUUCGAUGAUAGAGGAGCUCGAAAUUUCAUAUCCCUUCAAACUGUCCCGGAAUUCCAUUGAAGUUGUAGGUGGAUCUUGUCCUCUUCUAAAAUCACUGACAUGUAUGCUCACUUCCGAUAUGAAAACUGGAAAAUCCGAUGAUGAGCUGUUCGCUAUCGCUAAAUCAAUGCCUCGAUUACGUCAUCUUAAAAUUGCUGGAAAUAAUCUCUCAUCUGAUGGGGUUCUUGCCAUUCUUAAUGAAUGUUCUCUUCUUGAAUCUCUUGACCUGGGAUUAUGUUUUAGGUUGGAUUGGAGUGAAAGAUUGAGGAAAAGGUGCUAUGAUCAAAUCAAAGAUUUUAAACUUCCAGUAGAUUAUCAGCUUAUGAAAAUGACUAAUGAGAUCAGCUCUUUAAGAUUGCUUACUAAUGUUUUGGAGUAA